AUGUUAUACAGUAAGCAAUUAUAUUGUAUAAGUUACUUUGGUACUUCAAAUACUAUAUUUUUCGAGGUUAUAGAUAUCAGUGGUUACCAACGACUCCAAAGUGGUUUAGAGAAAAUAGAUAGAUGGUUAAAUGAUUGUGUAGAUGUCAACGAUGUCGAAGAUGACGAUAACAUAUACGAAGAGGAUGAUGAUGAUGACGAUUGGUUAUGGUUGUUAUCUAAUUUAAGUGGUGUAUUAAUUGUUUAA